AUGUCUGCGACGAAGAUACCCCUUCCCAUUUUAUUCUUCACACUUAUGCUACGUACGCUGUUAAUAGCUAGCGAAAGUAAGCACUCACAAAAUUGUUACAUACUAAGUAGGAGUUCGCACAGCAGCACGCUAGAGACAAACCGGAUAAGCAAUUCUCUCUACAUCAAGAAGCGGCUCGUUAGGUUGAGGCGGGGUAGGCAACGUGUUCCUCCUCCGCGAGCAUCUGCAUUCCUCGUUUUUGACAUAAUAAAGAUUUUCGGGAGGCUGUCCGACCAAGAACUCCUAGGCCACGUCAUUUCACACAACAACGACUUUAUAGAGCUCAGCAAAAAUCCAAAAAAAAAAUGGGAGAAAUUAUUCCUUCCUAAAAACGACAGCUUAAAUUUCGAAGCUUUUAAGAACUUUUUGAGACAGGCUCCAUUCGAGUGGCCCCUAACCAUCAACUCUGGGCAGAUAAGGAACCAGGGCUCGAUCAGCAUCCCGGUCUCCCCCAUCGUUUAUGUAGAGAGCUGCCGCAAAAUUAGCGAGCUCCUCAAGGGCAAAAACAAAAACAAGGGUGUGAACGCAGGCACCAGCACGGGAGCGAAAAUUAAUUUAAAAAUUAUUAACGACUACGUGAGCGAGCAACCCAUCUCGAACGAUGCAAUACAGUGCGUCUUUUCCUCCUUUAGUGACCUUCCCGAGCUAACGAAGGAUCAGUUUAUAAACAAAAUUCACGAGUGGGCCCCGUCAGAUGGGAUAAUCGACUGGUACACGUUCGUGUACAACCUGAAGGAGGAGCCCUCGGACAACAUAAAAAGAUUUUUUGACUAG